AUGACCGCCAACCCGCCUCAGUCUCGCAAGAGCCACGGCCAUCACCACCAUCACCACCACGGCCACGACAAUGUCUACCUGACCUCGGCCAACAAGAACGACGCCGGCGUGCGCAUCACUCGCAUCGGUCUCUACUCCAACCUCGGCAUGGCCUUUGCAAAGGGCGCCGGUGGCUACGCAUUCGGCUCUCAAGCCAUGAUUGCUGAUGCCUGGCACAGUCUGACGGACCUGGCAUCUGACGUCCUGACGCUGGCCACUGUUUCGUGGAGCUUGAAACCCCCGACCGAAGCCUUCCCCACUGGUUUCGGCAAGAUUGAAAGUCUGGGAUCUCUGGGUGUCUCCAGCAUGCUUCUGGGCGGCGGCCUGUUCAUGUGCUGGAGCAGCUUGAUCACCCUCCACGCUCACCUCUUCCUCGACCCUGCUGCUGCAGCAGAGGCCAUUGCCCACGCUCAUCACGGUCACAGCCAUGGUCAUGGUCAUGCUACACCGAGUUUGCACGCUGCUUGGUUGGCUCUGGGAACGAUCGCAAUCAAGGAAUGGCUGUACAGAGCUACCAUGAAAGUCGCCGUCGAACGAAAGUCUUCCGUCCUCGCCUCCAAUGCCGUUCACCACCGUGUCGACAGCUGGACCGGCAUUGUCACACUGCUUGCUAUCCUGGGUGCAAACUUUUUCAAGGAUGCGACCUGGCUGGAUCCCGUUGGUGGCCUGAUGAUUUCUCUCCUCGUCAUCAAGGCUGGUGCCGAGAACACUCUGUCUUCCGUGUACGAAUUGGCCGACCGCGCUAUUGAUGACGAGGUCAAGGGAGAUGUCCAAAAAUACGCCCUCCGAAGCCUCUCUGAUGUCACCGAUGGCCACGAAGUUGAUGUUCGCAACGUCUCGGGUGUCAAGUCCGGUCAGAACUACCUGGUGGAUAUCGACUUGGCUGUCCCCGGAGCUUGGUCUGUUGAGGCCGUCCGAGAAGUGGAGGAUCAGGUCCGUACUCUGGUCGGUGCCAAGGUCCGCGGUGUGCGGAGGAUCAAGGUGCGCUUCGUCCCGAAGGAGGCCGAGGUUGCGCGCCCGUUCGACGAGUUCAUCCCUGGAGAAGCCAACCGAGAGGCUAGCGAGGAGGCCGACGACCACAGCCACACCAAUGGCAAUGGCCACAAGCACGACUAA